UGUGUUCCUCCCUCUAGAUGAUUCCUCUGGAUUCGUUCGUGGGUCAGAGUGCGGACGGGAAGAUGGUUCCUAUUAUCCCCGGGGGAAACAGCAUCCCUCUGACCUUCUCCAACAGGAAGGAGUAUGUAGCCCGGGCCAUCGAGUACCGCCUGCACGAGAUAGACAGACAGGUGGCGGUGGUGCGUGAGGGCAUGUCCUGGAUCGUCCCUGUCCCUCUCCUCUCCCUCCUCACAGCCAAACAACUGGAGCAGAUGGUUUGUGGGAUGCCAGAGAUCAGUGUGGACGUGCUCAAGAAGCACAUGUUUUUGGGUCACUAG